AUGGAGAGACUCUGUGAGGAUCUUGUCACCGACAUCCUUUUAUGUUUGCCAGCCAAAUCUGCUGUCCGAUUUAGAUGUCUGAGCAAGUACUACGAUCAACUUGUGUCUGAUCCUAGGUUUGCUACCAGUCAUGCUCUUCGUUCAAACCCUGAUGAGGUACAUGGUCUUCUUCGGUUUACAGGUAGGAGUGCAGAUAAGAUACUCUUCUGUUCUUUUCAUUCAAAACCAAAUAUCCACAAUAAUCCUAAAGUUGUUCCCAUAAAUUCUCAGAUCAUAGCUUCUUGCAAUGGCCUUGUUCUAGGUCUCUCUGAUUCUAGUCUUUCUGUUUGUAACCCUAUUUUACCUGAUAGAAUCCAGACUAUACCAGCACUUGAAACCCCAUAUGGUGCUAAAUGUGAUUUAGGUUUGGCUUAUGACCCAAUUGGUUUCUCUUCGCUUGAAUUCAAGUUAGUUCAUGUUUACAGAGAACAGAUCUUGAAUAUGCCACAAGAUGAAGAUGCUUAUGGCUUUAAGAUAUUCGAUUCAAGUGCAAACUCAUGGAGACAAUCUACAUGCAAGCUGUUCUUGAGACAUUUCAUUCCUAUGCAGCCUCAUUUUUAUGAGUUGAGAGGUCAAGCUGUGUACUUGAAUGGACAUGUGCACUGGUUUAGGGCCUUCGGUGAUAUUGUUGCGUUUAAUGUAGAGAAAGAAGAAGCUACACUCAUCGGUAUGCCUCCAGAACUGCGACUAGCAUGGCUUAACUAUUAUUCAUGGUUCGGAGCUGCGGGUGGUUUUCUUUAUGUGGUAUGUGUUUUCAAGAGACAAAUUCUGAUGUGGGUUCUUCUUGAUUAUGAAAACAACAAGUGGGGGCUUGUCAGGAACAAGAUCAAAGGGUUAUCAAGAGUGGCUCAACCCAUUUUCUUUGAUGGUGAGAGGCUUGUUCUGAAUUGUGGGCCAAAAAAGAAAUUAUUGCGGCUGUUCAAUUUGAAACAAGAUCAGUGGACGGAAAUGGGCAGGUUACCAAGGAAUACAAUGGAUGACAGUACUACCGUGUAUGUUCCUUUCAACCCCACCUUGGCUCCUCUGAUCAACAGCAGCGAUCCUUCAAGAACUGCUUCACUCCCAGUCCUUCCUACUGUGAUGCCGAUAAACAACAAGUGCCAGAAAAGAAAACGAGGCAGGGUCGACAGAAAGUAG